UAUAUGUAUAUAGGUACUUCAUUAAAGUAAGUAAUUAUCUUGUAGGUUCUGAAGGAACGCUUGGAGUUAUCACGGAGGUCAUUUUGAAAAUACGCCCCCUUCCCAAAUUUAAGAAGUACGGUUCUGUUGUAUUCCCAAAUUUUGAAGCAGGAGUAAAAUGUAUGCGAGAAGUGGCUCGGGAGAGAUGUCAGCCUGCCUCCAUUCGUCUUAUGGAUAAUAAUCAAUUUAAAUUUGGUCAAACUCUCCGACCCGAACCGGGCUACUUCGGGCUUCUCCUAGAUAGCAUAAAAAGGAUUUACCUUACGAAAAUAAAGGGGUUUGAUGUGGAUUCUAUGUGUGUUGCGACUCUUCUUUUCGAAGGUGACAAAGAAGAUAUCGAAGGAAACGAAAAGAAAAUUAAUAGAAUAGCUGCAAAGUAUGGAGGAAUUCCAGCAGGAGAAAGAAACGGCGAACGUGGUUAUCUCCUCACUUUUGUUAUCGCUUACAUUAGAGACCUUGGCUUGGAAUAUUACGUGAUGGCUGAAUCGUUUGAAACAUCCGUUCCGUGGGAUCGUACGACAACACUUUGUCGUAAUGUGAAAAAUAGAGUGUCGAAGGAAUGUAAACGGUAUGGUAUCACGCAUUAUAUGCUUUCUUCCCGAGUUACCCAAACUUACGAUGCUGGUUCAGUGGUGUACUUCUACUUUGCCUUUAAUUAUAAAAAUUUAAAAAAUCCUGUUGAGGUAUUCGAGGACAUAGAAUGUAAAGCCAGGGAUGAGAUAAUUGCCAGUGGGGGCAGUUUGUCUCAUCAUCACGGUGUUGGUAAAAUACGAAAGAAGUGGUAUGCAAGUACUGUAUCCGAUGUGGGCGUGGCACUUUUUAGUGCAGCCAAACGCGAACUCGACCCUAACAACGUGUUCGCGAGUGGUAAUUUGUCGAGCAAAUUGUAAUGACCAUGCUGAAGUUGUUCUUUCAAAAAUUAAAUUACCUCAAUUUUGAAUUUCUGGUGUUAGUCCGUCGUGAUUUAACAAGUAUAGAAUAUCUCUUUAAGGAGGUUGACACUAUAGGGUGUGGGACAACGGUGCGGGGAAAGCGUCUGUGUAUAUUUGUACACACUCGUACAUAUCUCGUUUUCAUUUACAUCCAUUUGUGGGUUUGAGUGAGCACCACUUUUCACACAUUUAUCAUUCUUUUAAUUUAAAAAAACCGUUUCUUAUUCGUUCUAAUAAUUUACAGAUAUUUUUGUAAAUGACUAAGGAAUGUAUGCUGUGAUUUUCAGCAACUGCUCUCUCUCUCUCAUGUUACUUUGAAAUACUCUCGAAAUUAUGCAGUUCUGAUAAGAAUGCAUGUUCAAUGUUCAUUUAUAUAUUUAAUAUCUCUUAAAUUAUUCUUCUGAUGGAUUUGAAAUUUUGUAACGAUAUUUUAAAUAUAAGUGUCUUGUUAUUUCCAAAGAUUUGUCGAAAUCUCUCUGAUAUUUUUUUAUGGUGUCAGUUUCCUUAACAGGUUCAGAUAUUAAAUUUUUAGACAUCCAAGCCCUUAGUUUGUACGUUUAACGUAGGAUAGUAGGAAUAAAUCAUUUGCAAAAGAUUAUUUUCUUGUGCGGUUGUAAAUGAGGUUUUCUUGAAAUUUAGUACCCCGACAUAGUUUAAAAAAACAUU